AUUCCAAGAUGGCGCCGCCCAACCAGCAUGAGUACGACGAUAAUGUGAACGCCGCCAAGUUUGGCGAUUACAAAUUUUUUGUACCACCUCUACCGGCGCAGCUGAAUACACUCAACACCGCUUACCUUCACUGCGACCCAGAAGUCCGGCCGUACAUAUUUGCGGACUUCGUGGACGAAUUUGAACGUCUUUCUAUCCUGGGGAAUAUCAGAGCAUGUGGACCGUACCUAAGAAACCACUUCUGGGAGGUGUGCUUUAAGACACCAGACGACCGGUUGCGGCUCCUCGAGGCUCGGGAACUUGAGGUGAAACGAAGGAAGUGCUUCGUUAUCGACCCACAGGCUAAGUACAUCCACGUUAUUCUCCAUUGGGUGCCGCGGGACGUGACCGUCAAGUGCGUUCGUAAGGUGCUCAGGCGCUUCGGCCGAGUCUGUCCGAUGGAACCAGAACUCAAAUUCGCGGAAAAGCCGCAGAAUCCCGAAUGGGGGACACUGUUCGCUAGCAUAACUCUCAAGGAGGGCCUAUCUACUGACAACUUUCCGCACAAGGUGAGCUUCAAGAACGGCAUGGCGUCUCUGGCCGUCGUAGUGGGCGGCACCCCGACGUGCCUGCGAUGCUCCCAGAAGGGGCACUUGCGCAAGUACUGCCGCGCUCCGCAGUGCGGUCUCUGCGCACGUGUCGGCCACUUCGACUUCGAAUGUGGCAACGAUAACGUCGCCCUGGCAGCGCCAGCGGCUGAAGUCGCGGAUGCACAGCCAGCAGACGCGCCCCGUGUCGAGGCGGCACCUGGAGCGGACUACGUCGGCGUCGAGUCUGUCGAGAGGUCCUCUCCGGCAGCGAGCGAGUCGGUCGCCGAGUCUGAAGCCAUGGAUGUGACCUGCGACCAAGCGGCACCCGAUAGUCCGGGCAGAGCAGAACCGCUGCGCGACGUCACCGCUGGUGGCGACCACGCCUUCGCCGAAGGCUCUCUGUCAGUGUCUGCAGCGAGUGAGUCAAUCGCCGAGUCCCACACGGAAUCCAUGGACCUGACCCACGACGAAGCAACGCCUGGAACUUCCAGCGGAGUGGAGCUUCGGCGCGAAGUCCUUGCUGGUGGCGACCGCGCCGAGGCUUCUCAGUCAGCGCCGGCAGCGAGUGAGUCGUCCUCUGAAGACGCGGGGUCGCAGUCGGAAGCCAUGAACGCGUCGGGCGAUGAAGCAGAGCCCGGACCUUCGGCCAAAGAGCAAUCGAGCAAGGCAAAGUCUUAUUUGCGCAAGUACAAGCCCAAAAAGAAGAAGAAGAAGAAAAGGCAGAAGAAGAGCACAUAGGUCAUGUAUCAUCGUCCCUGCAAGGAGGUGGACACCGCUUCGGGCUGCAAGCCUCGCUCUCCUGGGCAACAGCGUCCAUGGCUUCCAGCCAGGCCCAGGUGGGCCACGGCACGUGCACCACACUCCUCACCUUCUUCUAUCGCUUCUCGGCAUCUUCCUGAUGGCCAUUCCGCCAAGGUAUCCAGUCUACUCACAGUGGCAAGAUGCAAGGUAUGCAAGUGAGCUUGGGCCCUAGCCUACUUGGACUUCAGCACGAGUCGCUAUGAGGGAGUUGCUGCACUUAUUUAGAGAAACAAAACUGGAUGAGACAUUGGGACAGUCUACUGGAAAUGUUGGUAUGUUUUAUUUCGACAUUGCUAUAGUCAUAAUCACUGUGUAGUGUCAUCAGACUCAUCACAGACUCUUCACUUCAUUCUGCCUCACCCCUUUCCCCUUCCCAAUUACAAUAAUAAUAAUAAUUGUUGGAGUGGUACGUCCCAACAUCACGAUAUGAUUAUGAGAGACGCCGUAGUGGAGGGCUUGGGAAUUUUCAAUCACCUGGGGUUCAUUAACGUGCACCUAAAUCUGCACACAUGGGCCUCAACAUUUCGCCUCCGUUGAAAUGCGGCCACCGCGGCCAGGAUUCGAUGCCACGACCUUCAGGUCAGCAGUGGCGCGCCAUAACCACUAGACCGUCAUGGCGGGUCCUUAGCAGUUACAAGGUAGCCAACCGGAGAUUUCCUGUUGUUGACUCCCCUGCCUUCCUGUUACCUUUCUCUCUCUCAAGUUUUGUACAAGAAGGAGUUACAUUGUCGGUGAGGGAAAAAUUUUUGCUGCCUUUCAGGUCUGCACAUUCCAACUUGGCAAAUUGUGAGAGGCUGCUGUCAUAAAGCGCUCGCAGCAAAUCUUGCUCCCAUCUUAUGAUGUCUAGUUUUGAUUGCCCAAGAGGCUCACUUAAUGCAAGGAGGAUGAUAUGAAUAUAAUCAGGUAAUUAUUAAUGAAUAUCAGGCAUUGACAUCUUGAUAAUUAGGUGAGCACUUGCAGAGUUGCAACAUUUAUUAUAGUUCACUAGUUAAAUCACGUUAAUGAAAAAUUACUAGUGGCUACUCCAUUAUACUAGGAGAAACACUUAUACCAGGUUUUAUUUCCAGAACACUCUUCCUCUUUCUUAAAACCUUGGUGCUAGAUUGUUAGGAUACCCUUUAUGUCUGCACCUCAGAAGUAGCAGUGACAUUGGUUCCUGUGGUUCUGUAUUAUUCUCAU